GGGGCGUACACUGCCGCAAAGCGGAAGUGCAGCGCUUAGCGGGUACCGGCGCCGGAAGGUCAGCGUGUGGAGGUGGUGGUAACACGGGGCCUCCCGCUGUUACCGAGGAGCAGCUGCCCAAGCCGGGACUGAGGCAGCGGCGGGAAGAGACAGGCAGUUUGCUGCGACGCCAUGGAAGGCGGCGGGGGCAGCGGCAACAAAACUACAGGGGGGUUGGCCGGCUUUUUCGGAGCCGGUGGGGCCGGUUACUCGCACGCGGAUUUGGCUGGCGUCCCACUGACUGGUAUGAACCCUCUGUCUCCUUAUUUAAAUGUGGAUCCACGAUAUCUCGUACAGGAUACAGAUGAGUUUAUUUUACCGACUGGAGCUAAUAAAACCCGGGGCAGGUUUGAACUGGCCUUCUUUACCAUAGGAGGAUGUUGCAUGACAGGGGCUGCAUUUGGGGCAGUGAAUGGUCUUCGGCUAGGAUUGAAGGAAACCCAGAACAUGGCCUGGUCCAAACCAAGAAAUGUACAGAUUUUGAAUAUGGUGACGAGGCAAGGGGCACUUUGGGCUAAUACUCUAGGUUCUCUGGCUUUGCUCUAUAGUGCAUUUGGUGUUAUCAUUGAGAAAACACGAGGUGCAGAAGAUGACCUCAAUACAAUAGCAGCCGGAACCAUGACAGGCAUGUUGUAUAAAUGUACAGGUGGUCUCCGAGGGGUAGCACGAGGUGGUCUGGCAGGACUAACACUUACCAGCCUCUAUGCACUAUAUAAUAACUGGGAGCAUAUGAAAGGCUCCUUGCUCCAGCAGUCACUCUGAAGAUUUUGCCAACUCAAGAAUGGAGGACACUUCAGUAGAACAAUUUAUCAGUCAGUCUGGAGUUAUUCUCGUCUACCUACAAUUAAUUUGAAAAAUUAGAGAUUCUGGUUUGCUGUGAUGAAGAUCAUGAAUGGGUGGCCAGGAUUGGCACUCUUUCCAGCCAUUAGUGGGUUGAAGCCAAAACCCUUUGGUGGCUCACUGAGUAACGUGGUUCUCUUCUCCUUCAGAGAAGACCUCGCACCUACCUGUUCUCUCUCCUCCCCACUGAACUGGAAAACCACUUACUCUCAGAAUUCGGGUCAUGCCUGUUGUCAAUACUAUAUCAGCAAGUCUAUUCACUGAAUGACCAGAAACUGUAAUGUUGCACUGUAUUCUGAAUAAAGGGUAAAAAUAGAACCAAAGUUAUAAAUCCAA